AUGGAGUUCUAUGCCGACGACCUGGUUCCAUGGCUAGAAAACCAGACCUCGAACCUUGCCACCGGAUCCGCCAGCGUGUCAGUAACCAUUGCCAUGGACGCGUUGGUGCCAAGCUCUAACACCCAUCUACAAACGCUGCGGCCAGCUGCUAAUGGCUCCGUGGGUAUUUUAUGGUGUCGUGGUGGAGAAGAAGGUUGGCCGAUCUCCUCCAUCAAUUUCAUCAGGAACCACUUACGAUUUCUAGGGCUAUUCGAAUUCAUCCGGUUAGGAUCUGCCUACGAUUUCAUUAUGAGCAAGCACUCAUUUGAUUCUUGGAUGAACACAUCUUCAGAUUUUGGUACUUAUAAGUCCACUUCCUCCCAUCUCGGUUUUCCGAUCACAACCAGCACAUUCUGGUUCUUCUUCCUCAAUAUAAACUCAAUGGAAAUCAUUUGUGAUCUUUAUUCUCAAUGGUGUGGUGGAUGGCUGGGUUGUCGCAAAACGAGAGGAGCAAUCUCUCUUUUCCAACGACCCUUUGUGGGUCUUGUUCUAGUUGUUGGCAACGAUAAAGCGAAGGGAAGAAGAGCAACAGUGGGUCGCAACAUGGAAAUGGGGCUUAGGCUGCUAAUUGUCGGAGGUAUAAGGUGGGAAAAUGGGUGCUGGCAGUGGUGUUUCUUGGUGGUUUACCGUGGUUGA